AUGGACGCCAUCAAGAACGCUGCCACCUCUGCCUCCGAGACCAUCCAGCAGGGUGUCUCCGGCACCUCCAAGGAGGCCAACAAGCAGGUCGCCAAGGACUCUGAUGCAUCCCUCACCGACCGCGCCACCGCUGGCAAGGACGCUCUCUCGGACAAGGCCUCUGAGGAGAAGCACGCUGCCAAGAAGUAA